UUUUCACAGUAGUGUUUUUGGACUUCGAGGCUUCCGUUGUUGAUCAUGGCGGAGCCGACUGUGCGAGUUCCGGGGAUCGUGUUAGCAUCUCUCAUGUUCCAUCAUGUAAACAAUGACUCGGACGUGGAGGGGCUGCUGCUGGGAGAGAGCAGGUUAGAUGAGCAGGUGACCAUCAGCGACUCCCAGCCGGAUCACAUUAACAUCGAGGAGAUCUACAAUGUCCAGCAGCACAUCGCCUGCCACAGGCUAAACACUUUGUACAGCAGCUCUGGGGAGGUGAACAUGGAUGUGCUGCAGAAGAUGCUGUCAGAACACAACCAGUACAGAGUGAUUGGCUGGUACCGGCAGCGCAGGAACACAGAGCAGCACAUGACAUUCAGAGAGAAGCUCGUCCACGAAAAGCUAAAGAGCGCUGUGUCCAACCCUCACAUGAUCUUCAUGCUGCUGACCUCCAGCAGAGCAAUGCCAGCAGGCUCCACUCACAAGAUGGAGUACUCUGCCUUCAUCUCCCGCAGCAGAUGCUUCAUGAACAUCCCUGUGCUGGUCACUAACCUGGGUCUGCUGGAGCAGCAGGGCUACUGGAAGGUGUCGGCUCCAUGCUCUGCAGAGGGUUACAACCUAACCAUGAGGAAACACGGGUCCAAGUUCUUUUGUCCUAACGGACUUCUGCGGGAGGUGAACGAAGUGAAUAAGAUGAACGAGUCUCUGCAGGUUCAGCUGCAGAAAACCUGCAGUGAAGUGGAGGAGAGCGAGCGAGUGGUGGAAGGUCUUCAGGCAGAAGUUUCAGCUCUCAGAAAGAGACUUGAAGACAGGCGGCACACUGCAGCAGGAAAAGCUGCUGAAUCCCAGGCUCCACCUGAACCAAAGAAAAACAAGAAGCUGCUGGAGGCAGUUAAAGUGCUGCUCGGCUCUGCCCCCAUGUUCCUCACUCAGACCUUAAACCUGCAGGCCUUCCCUGUACCUGAUGAAAGCAUCUUUAUGGAAGCACAGAUGGACUUGGAGACCACCAAGGAACAGCGCCCCCUGCUGCAGGACAGUUUAACAAACUGCCAAAAGCGGCAGCAGGAGACAUUGGUGGGGAGGGAGAGGAAACGCAGGAGGAGCAAGUGCUGAUUCAACACUUCCCGUUUCUUCAGUAUAUAAUACAUAUUUGAUCACAAAAUAAAUGUAAAUAUUAA